CAACGGAACAAUUGGCCAAGGAAGUCAGCUUUUCAAAGCUCAGCAGGUACAAAUCAUUUGGAAUCGUCUCAAAAACUCUCUAUUAGCAGAGAGCAACUUUACAAAAAUGACCAAAAAGAGGCUUUCAAAACAAGCUUUACGUUGUUCAGUGGGGACCGUCUGAGAAUGAAACGAGUUUCCUCUGUGAAGAUGACGUUCUCAGCUUCCCUGGGGAAAGCUGGUUUUACCUUCCCCAGGGCUGCCCUCUAGCUGCCCGGUAACUUACGGCCUAUGUCUUUGUGAUGUUGUUGCUGUUGUCUCAAAAAUGGUUUAAUACUGCAAGUACUUUGGACUCAGUAGUCCGAACAGGACUGUUUAAAAACUAGAAAUAGUACCAUUGUAACUGGGAUGACUCACCUGGGACUUCAUUUUAAGUGCUUAAUAGACAAGACGAAGGCUCAUAAACUCAGUACAGCCAAAGGACGGGAGCAACAGCACUCUCACCCCUCAGCAGAUCCGACUUAAGUUCGGUCAGGAUGGCACGGCAGAGCAGUGGCCGGAAGGGAGUGUGCAGAUUUCUCCUCUUAGUGCUUGUGUUUCUGCCACGUGAAGUGACAAGUUCCGUUUUAACUGUGAACGGUAGAACCGAGAACUUUGUUCUGAACACUAAGUUGGGCGCAGAAGAGUCUCUGAGAUGUGAUGUUCAAAACCGCACUGGAGACGAAGGGCUUCUCUGGUACCGAGAACAGGGGUCAGUGGAUCUGAAGGACGAAAACAAAAUCAAUUCCAGCGCUGUCUGUGUGUCUUCCAUCAGUGAAAAUGACAAUGGAGUCACCUUUACCUGCAAACUGCAGAGGGAUCAGUCUGUGUCAGUCUCAGUGGUGCUGAAUGUCACUUUUCCUCCUCUCCUAAGUGGAAAAAACGUCCAGACAGUUGAGGAAGGCAGUAGUGUGAACAUAGUUUGCAAUGUGAAAUCCAACCCCCAGGCUCAAAUGAUGUGGUACAAAAAUGGUAGCAUCCUGAACUUAGAGAAAGACCAUCACCAAGUCCAACAGACGAGUGAGUCCCUUCAACUGUCAAUCUCUAAAGUCAAGAAGUCUGACAAUGGAACUUACAGCUGUGUUGCGCAUUCAUCUCUGCAAAGAAAUACCAAAGACUUUCACCUCCUUGUCAAAGACAGAACUGCAACUGUACCAAUAGAACCCAUUAUUGCUGCAAGUGUGGUGGUCUUUCUAACCUUGUGCUUUGGAGUGAUUGCUAGAAGAGAAAGAAUAAUGAAGUUCUGCAUAAAGGGUGAUGGUCCUCAAAGAGACACAGCUCUGUAAGCACCCUGGGCUGGGCAGAUGAUCUUCCGUGAGCAGCCAGGUGAGAAAGCUGAGGUGUCAUCUAAUACAGCAAGAAUUGCGCAUCAGAACCUCCCUGAUUCAUGUAGUCCCCUCUGUAUUUAUUUCUACUAUUAAAUUUGCUCCUGUCAAAUUGUCA